UCAUGCUGCUGCCAGGUCCAGAGUCUCUCAUGGGUCCCUGUACGGCCUCCCAUUGCUGCUGUCUCCAUCGCCACACUCUGCCAUGUGCCACUUUCAGGUCUCCUCACACUGCUGGUGUGUUCCAUUUUGUCAUAGGGUGCUGGCAGAUUACGGGCCUCCCAUUGCUGCUGCCAGGCCUGUAAUCUGCCAUGGGCCCCUGUACCGCCUCCUCAUGCUGCUGCCAGGUCCACAGUGUCUCAUGGGUCCCUGUACGGCCUCCCAUUGCUGCUGUCUCCAUCGCCACACUCUGCCAUGUGCCACUUUCAGGUCUCCUCACACUGCUGGUGUGUUCCAUUUUGUC